UGGAUUCAAGGUUUUUGUUUGGGUUUUUGUUUGGCUUGCUUUGUUUCCUUUCAUUUUGCCUGAAGAAGAUGAACAAUGAAUCCACAACCCUGAUAUCCUUGAAGGAAUCAAUGAAAAGAGUAGAUCACAAACUCCAAGCUUUAGAAGCACAGUUCAAAGAACUAGACCUCAUCAAGGAUAAUCUGACACAGAAAUAUGAACAUCAUAGCAAGAUGUUGGCAAGCCAAGCUGCUCAAGAUGAGUUGUGGACAGCCGUUCUGGCACUCAGGUUCACUUCAAUGGAACUGAAUAUUUUAUACAGCUAUGUCAUUGAAGCUCUUGACUGCUUGCACACACGUGUGCUCGAAAAGCUGCCAGACCUGGAGAGAGCCCUCCCCACCUUCGCCUCGAUCCUCAGACACAAAGCCAAGAACACACGUGUUCAGGUUGCGUGGGAAUCUGUCCUGGAGGAGUGCGGGCUGCAAGAAGGAGACGUCACUGCUCUUUGUACCUUCUUUCUUGCUCAUGGUAAUAAGUCCAGUCACUAUGCUGCUACAGUGAGGCAGCUCUACAUCAGAGAUAUCACGUUCAUGAUAACUAACAUGGUGAAGAACCAGGCUCUGCAGCAGGGGUUGCUGAGAGCUGUUCAGGUCAUUGAGGAGGGGAAGGCCGGGAGGGUUCCUGAAGAGCAAAAGUCACCAUUCAGUGAGUUGAUCCCAGCAGUCAAAAACUAAUCUUUUUCCCGUCAUCCUUCCAGUAAUUUACCUUGCAAAUGGUGGGGAAAGGGACGUGUGUAGAAUUUUUUGUAAGCUUCUUUUGGGCGUAGGGGCCUCCCAAAUGAGAUUCAGGAUGCCUGGGGUCCCUCCUAGCAAUUCUCAGUCAACUAGGCCAGUGGUUCAAUGUGAGCAUCCCAGAAUGUUGCCCAGGACCUUUGUCCUGCCCAGG